AUGCCUGCCAGACUCAUGAAAGAUUCCGCUGAUAUUAUAGCAGGACCACUAACUAAAAUUCUUAACAUGUCUCUGUCUGUUGGUCAAUUUCCAAGUGAAUGGAAAUCAGCACGUAUCGUUCCCCUUUUAAAGUCAGGAAAACCCAAGAUAAUGGAUAAUUAUCAUCCCAUUUCAAUCUUACCUAUAGCCUCAAAAAUUUUGGAGAGAGCAGUACAUACACAACUAUACUCGUUUCUGUCUAGUAAUAACCUACUUAGCCCAUAUCAGUUCGGGUUUAGAAAGCAACAUUCUACGGAGACGGCUUCUAUUUGUUUAACGGAUACAAUACGACUCAAUAUGGACCAUGGGAGGCUAACAGGUGCAGUGUUUGUUGAUUUCAGCAAAGCCUUUGAUACGAUCGACCAUCGAAAACUACUAUCAAAGCUAGAAGCGCUCGGAAUCAAUGGGGCUGAACUGAACUGGUUUACCAAUUACCUUUCAGAUCGCCAACAGUCUGUUCAUUAUCAAAAUGCAUCGUGUGAUUCUAGCGUUAUAACUUCUGGUGUUCCUCAAGGGUCCAUCCUUGGCCCUCUACUUUUUGUAAUUUUUGUUAACGAAACGCCUAGCACUGUCUCUCGUUGUAGCGUCAUGAUGUACGCUGAUGACACUGUACUAUUUUUUGCAUCGCAAAAUGUUGAGGAGAUGGAGGCUGUUUUGAAUCAGGAACUAGACACUCUGUAUUUCUGGCUUACUGAGAACAGCCUCUUUUUAAACAAGAAGAAGACCGAGUUUAUCAUAUUUGGUACUUCAGCUAGACUAUCGGGCACUCGGAACUGCAAUGUGAAAAUAGGCGACAAUCUAAUCAAACGUGUUUCAAGUACCUUGGUGUCAUGCUGGAUGAGGCCCUGAACUGGAAAUUUCAUCUUAAUUACAUAAUUUCCAAAGGAAAUCAGAGAAUUGGUAUGCUAAGGACAAUAUGUGAGGAUCUAACUUUGAAUGCCGCUAACGUUAUGUACAGAUGUCUCAUACAUCUGAGUUUUGAUUAUUCAGAUUCGGUAUGGACAUGCUGUAACAAGACUGAUGCUGAUUCUUUGGAAUGAGUGCAGUGUAGAGCAGCUAGAACUGUAUACAAAUCCACUCAGUGAUAUUGCUCACGAACGCCUAGGCUGGACUACUUUAGCUGAAAGACGGGACAUGCAUGUUUAUAAGCUAGUUAACAAAUGCUUGAAGGGAAACGUACCUCAGUUUUUAAUGGAUUACUUUAAAUUUAAUCGUGAUAGAGUAUCACAGCGUACAAGACAGAGUAAUCAAUUGUAUGUACCUAGGGUUAAAUUGGAAGCUGCAAAGAAGUCGUUUUACUAUAACGGCUGCGUUGUAUUUAAUAAAUUCUCAGAUGUUACCAAUGCUUGACUAUGACUCUAAAUACAUUUUAACAUUAAAUAUAUUUCAAUAUAAUGUAAAUAUAAUUUUAGGUGUAUCUUUACAUUACUAUUAGUAUUCUUCCUUUGUAUAUUUUAACUUGUUGGAAUGUAGGGCACCUGUGUCAGUUGUCCAUUGUCGCCAGUGCUGCCUUCCUCGUUGCUCUGCCACCACUUCCAUCUUCCCAAAACUCUUCACCCAUUUUAAUGAGAAAGUUACAUAACUGACUGACUUGCACACCUUCCCAUAAAACCCCUCCUUUACACGAAAAUGUCCCAUUUAUGGCACUGCGAAAAUUUUUGGUCACAUUCACCUCUUCACAACAUCACAAAUGCUUCCCUAAACAUUUUCAAACAAAUUUAAACACUGCGUGCACUAAUAGUGGUGAAUACAUAUUUAUAUAGGAUAUUACGGGGGGUGCGAAGAUACAACUUUUACGAACGAGUGCAGCGAGUGAGUAAAAUAUUGUUUUUAACACGAGAAGAUAAAAAUCAUAUAUGCAAGCCACCAUGUAAUGUCUAUCCUUGGUUUACUCCAACCUUGUUCCCAGCAACACAUAAACAAUUUGGACAAAUAUGCAUGCUUCGAAAUAUGCUUCACAAUAUAUCGCGAAGUGUUAAAAUAAUUUUGUUCUUUCCUUUCCUCAUGCUCUUGGCUGGAUCAAUAUCAGUAUUUCAUUACCAUGAGGUGUUACAUUUUUUAGGUAAGAAUUGUCAAAGUGAACAACAAUCCCUCUAA